AUGGAACAGGUCUCGAAUGUUGGUGACACUCGAAAACUCUACCAACUUAUCAGCCAGGUUAGUGGUAAGCCCUCUACACUUAGUGACUCAGUUCGCGAAGUGAAUGGCGGCUUUAUUGCUGAUAGCUCGGCCAAAGUCGAACGCUGGCGUGAGCAUCAUCUGAAUUUCGAUACCCAACCCACCUCGCCCUUGCUAUCCUCUGCAGCGGAGCUUCUUCCCUCUCCAACCUAUGCAAUGCCAAACGAUACCCCUUCUGAAGAAGAGGCCGCUGAUGCCAUACGAAAGCUACGCGACAAGGCACCCGGAGAAGACAGUAUACCCGCUGAAAUCCACAAGUCUUGUGUCGAAACUCUGGCGCCCUGGCUCCAUGACAAGCGUGAAAAAACGAGGUUCCUGAUGGCUGGGGCUCAGGCAUCCUUGGGCCUAUCCCCAAGAAGGGAGAUAAGACGAGAUGCGAGAACUACCGCGGCAUAGGUCUCAUCGAUGUUGCUGCGAAAAUCUUCGCUAUUUUUCCGCUCAGGUGAUUCCAGGCUGUGUGUGACUCUAAGACGGGGCCCAAUCAAGCUGGAUUUCGUGCUGGAUGUGGAUGCACGGACCAGGUAUUCACACUAAGGCGCAUUAUUGAAUUUCGCUAUAGCUACCAGCAACCGACGGCCGUCUGCCUCGUUGACUUUACCACCGCGUUCGAUUCCGUCUAUCGUGAGUCUCUAUGGUGGAUAAUGGCACUAGAUGGUAUACUACCAAAAACCAUCGUCACGAUCAAGGCCUAUUAUCGCUCCACCACCGCGCGAGCCCUGGUCCGCAACAAUUUUACCCAACCGUUUGGUAUUCGGUCUGGUGUUCGACAGGGUUGUAUCCUGCCGCCCAUUCUGUUCAACUACGCUAUUGACUGGAUUCUCGGGAGGUCUGUACACGAAGGUGACGGGGCUGGAUUUGCAUCCGGACACCAACUGAUUGACCUUGACUAUGCAGAUGAUAUUGCCUUACUUGCUUCAAGUUUUGGUGAUCUGCAGUCUAUGGUGUCACGGGUGAACGAGGUCGCUAUGUCGGUCGGUUUAUCCAUAAACGCUGGGAAGACCAGUGUUUUCAAACUGCAUCCCUGA